UCUUAAGAGUCAUAAAAAAUCAAUCAAUGGCACCACCGAAGGCAGAGAAGAAACCAGCGGAGAAGAAGAUGGCGAAAGAAGGAGGGAGCGAGAUGAAGAAGAAGAAGACGAAGAAGAGCACAGAGACGUACAAGAUCUACCUUUUCAAAGUGUUGAAACAGGUUCAUCCUGAUAUCGGGAUCUCCGGAAAAGCCAUGGGAAUCAUGAACAGUUUCAUCAACGACAUCUUCGAGAAACUCGCUACCGAGUCGUCGCGCUUGGCUAGGUAUAACAAGAAACCCACGAUCACUUCCCGGGAAAUCCAAACCGCCGUUAGGCUCGUGUUGCCCGGUGAAUUAUCCAAGCACGCCGUCUCUGAGGGUACCAAAGCCGUCACUAAAUUCACCAGUUCUUAGAUACUCUUUUAUUCUACUAUCAUUUUUGUAUUAUCCUCGUUUGGGAAUUUCGGAUCAAUUUUGAUAUUUUAUAAUCACGGCAGUCUUCGAUAUUGAUUUUACGUUAUGAUUCAUGCUGA